CAUUAUUUUCUUGAAUUUUGUCAGUUGCAGCGGUGCUUCCUGUUUGUGUCAUGCCCUUAGACAAUUCGUCCAUCUUGCCGUACAUACGUUCGUUACAUCAAUCAUUAAAAUCACAACACAAAUUUCAAUAAACUAACGACACAACAUAACAGGUCACAUUCCAGUUUAAUUGAAUUUCAGUCUUUGUCGGAUAAAUCUAAUUUUAUCCAUUUCAAACACAUUUCUAAAAUUUCUAGCUGCACAAAUCCAACAAGCAAAUUGAAGUCUCUACGACCAUAAACAUUAUAGAAAUAAAGAAUAAAUAACAUUAUUAAUAAUGCUGUGUACCAACCCUUGGAAAAAUAAACCAAAGAGAAACAGAAAGCCAUUGGAACCGAUUCUGGCAUGCAUCUCUAAAGCCGGAAAUAUAUUUGUCUGACCUGUUGUGUCAUGACUAGGUAGGUAUGAGUACGGUGUAGACGUGUCAUGAUUCAUGACACACAGAUAUGAUUCUAAAUGUAUGAAAACGAACCUAUCCGACGCGCCAAGACUCAUGACAUACCAGACAAAUAUAUUUUCGGCUUUAGACCAAAAUUGUACUAAUACCUACACUCUCUCCAUAGAGUAUACUAGACUCUCUCAUUCUAGAAAACAUUUCCAUUAAUUAAAAAUUAAUUCUUGUACAAAUGCCUUUAAACCUAAAAUAUUAAAAUCCUUCAUUGUUUGGAUGACUGACAGUCUUAGUGUUUUUAAGGAAUAGACAUAUAAAGAUUGACGAAGCGAGGAAAAGAGAUAUCAUGCCCUCAUGACAAUCCUACAAGGUAAAAGAGAUACAACAUGAAGACCUUUGGCCCAAUAAAAUAAUAGCUAACAGCAUUCUAUCAAGCCGUACUGUGAUAAAGAUUCUUAUGAAAUUCUUUAAAACUUAGAAAAAUAAUGUGUUUAUACAACUCAGUUUGUGUUAUGGUAUCCUGUGUUUUAAACACAUCUUGCGUAACAACACUAUCGUCUAUCAUUUACAACUUUGCACUCAAAUACUCACAAUUAAACACAGAUAAACACACAUGCACACAAUUAAAUUUUUUGAAUAAUUGCGAUAGUUACUCUAUCUUACAUCCCCUAUGAUUCACGGUGUUUCUUAAAAAAAAUAUUCAUCCAAAAAUAGUUUCGCUUUCAGUUUAUUUAGAUUAAGUAAGUAUAACAUAAUACAUAAUGUAAAUAUUAAAAUAUAAGAAGAAGAAAUGAAAAAAAGAAAGAAAUUUCAGAUUGAAAUAAGCUGUGCCCUUGUAUUACUAUAUACCUUAUUUUGUAAUCUCCGUCUAUUUUUAUUUGUGUGUACAAAAUGUAUCAAUAAAUAAAUAAAUGUAUUACAAAGUGCACGUACAUACUAUCGAUAAACUACUAACCGAUAACCUAAAUAAAAAAAAACACCUAAGUAUUUUUACCGCCGCUUCGCUACUGAGCCCGUUCGGAUUCAAAGGGGCUAAUGACAAGGAGAUACGCUUUUACCAAAAUUGUUUACUUUGGUGCUAGAGGACAUAUUAUGAAGCCUGUCCCUGUAGCAUGAGCACUACAUUAUACAUUUUAUCACGUGUUUUAUCGUGUCUUACUGUCAAAUUCCAUAGAAAUUUGACAAUUGAGCGUGAUAAAAACGUGCUAUAUAUCAUAUCGCGCUGCUCAUGCUAGGGGGGCGGAACUGGGAAGACUGCGGCUUGAUUAAACUUGGUUGUCGCAUAAGUACUUUACGUUUGUCGAUGACAUCGUUUUAUUAACAUUGAAUUUCCUCUGGGUCAUUUACCCAGAGGAACUUCAAUGUAUGAUUAAAGAACUCAACGAUACUUCCGUCCGAUGCGGCCUGGAAAUGAACAUAUAUAAAACGGAGUUUAUAACCAAUACAAAUUCCAACGCAGUCAUUAAAGUUAAUCACACUACGAUCGAAAAAGUGGAUAAACACGUAUAUUUGGAGCAGGUGAUAGUGACUGGGAAGAAGAACUAAAGAAAUGAAAUCAACAGACGCUUCCGAUUAACCCGGGCAGGAUGUUCUCGGGUUUGCCUUCAAAAUGAAUUUCAAGGCCUAACAGAAAGCGCGCUUAUUUGACCAAUAUAUUCUGCCAGUUCUCACUUACAGUGAUGAAACCUGGGUCUCCAUAAGUUGAGCGUGCGUGACCCAGCGGGCGCUUGAGUGAAAACUGGUCGGAGUCGAAGUCACAUUGAGGGACCUUAAAACUAAUGAGUGGCUGAGACAACAGAGUAAGGUCACUGAUGUUAUCGACCUCGAAACUAGACUGAAAUGGUAAUGUGCGGGUCACGUGGCACGCAAGGCUGAUUCGUGGGGCAAACGGCUCCUAGAGCGACGACCAUGGGGUCAGAAACAUCCCCUAGGAUGACCUUAGAUGCGUUGGACGAAAGAACAACUUAAAAGAACAGCAGGGAAAAAUUGGCUUCAGGUCGCCCAAAAUCGUGACUAGUGGCGUAAUUUGAAGGAGGCCUACACACAAAGGGUUGAGAUAGGCUGAAAGUGAGAGAAAGAACAUACUUAAAACACCCAUUUCUUGGACAUAUAAAAAUGGCAUUUUGAAAAGCACGUCUGCUUGAUUUCCGUAUUCUUUGAUUUGUACGAUAGUGCGUACAACAAAGUUGGGCCAGAGCCGGAUAGAUAGACUGGCUGAGUACUGCGCUUAAAGAUGGAUAAUGCGUAGAGGGUUUUACAUCAAAAUUCAUCAAAGAAAAAUAAAAAAAACUGUCAUUAUGACAGUGACGCUGUCAGGUAUUUGGCAUCAUUCCAUCCAUUUCCCUUUGUCAACUUGUGAUUGUGUGAAACAAUUUUUGUCUGCACACACAACAGUCAGUGGAAACUUUUAUACUAAUUAAAUUCAUUCCUGUAUCUUGAGUGUGUAUCUUUGGCCCUUCAUUACUUUUCAAGUGUGUAUCAGAGGCUUGUCUGAAAAAGAUAAGAUAAAUCUGAUAUAAACAUUUACAUUAUGAUAAAACAUCACGAUGGAGUAAAUCAACAGUAAAUAAAAACUAAACUAUUUACGAGUUUCCUAUUAGCUCUUGGCAGGAUGGAACGUUUUGGUCUCACACAUAUAUUGUACGAGCCAGAUAAAUAUAAUCCGGAUACUUUGGACCUGUUAGUCGAUGAAGAAGCAAGGGAAUAUUGGCUAAAUACUUGUGAAAAACUUGUUGAGAAAUAUGUGAAUUUCGCGCUAGCAAACACUGAAGACCCAACUGUAGAAAUAAGAGCAUUAAAAUUUAAAACAUGCUACGUAGAAGCAUUGAAAGAACUUAGAGUUAAUCCACUUGCACAUGGGCAAUUGACUAUACGCCUUCUUCUUGAUGUCAACGAAACCUGCCUUCGUUCUCAGGGGUUUUUUGAUUUAUGGAAACAACAGAAAAAGUACGAAAAUGAGGGUGCAUUGGCGGCUCUUAGUUCACGGUUAGCAGAAAUUGACGCCUUGACUGAUGAUAGACAGCGAUGGACAGAAUUAUCUAGAGGAGUUCUAGCAGGUAAUAUGUUUGACUGGGGAGCUCAAGCUGUCACUGAUAUAUUAGAUUGUGGUCUUUAUGAAGCAUUAGAAAAAAUUCAAAAAAGGCCAUGGCUCUUUGAUGGUUUGGAGAAAUGGCUUGAAAAGCUGGAGAAAACAGUACAUCACUGUGCAGCUGUAUUUGUGGAUAACAGUGGAGUAGACAUAGUGCUUGGCAUAUUGCCAUUUGUAAGAGCUUUGUUGCUGAGAGGAACAUCUGUCAUAUUAUGUGCCAAUGAAUGGCCAGCCCUCAAUGAUGUCACUAAUGUUGAACUGGAGGAUAUAUUACAAAGAGCUUCAAUAAUUUGUCCAGUUCUAUCUGCUGCAUUAGCUACUGGUGACUUAAUUGUAAGAUCUAGUGGACAAAGAGGUCCAUGUCUUGAUCUCAGGACAAUCAAUGUUGCUCUUUGUACUGAAAUGAAAGUACGUGGAGUUGAUUUAAUUGUGUUGGAAGGAAUGGGAAGAGCUUUACAUACAAAUUUGAAUGCUCGUCUUGCUGUAGACUCAUUGAAGCUUGCAGUUGUAAAAAAUGCUUGGUUAGCCCAGCGCCUUGGUGGACCACUCUUCUCCGUUAUCUUUAUUUAUGAAGAAAAACCUACUCAGUCCUAAACCUAAUAGAAUAUUACUAUCAAACUAUAUUUUACUAACCUGCAACUUUCCCAGUAUUUUGUAGAGUAAGCCAUCAUCAAUUAAACAUUACUUAAUUACUUUUGCAUUCAUAUUUUGGAAUGCCAAACUAUGUGUUGACUUAGUGUUUUUCUGAAUAUAUUGAGUGUUACCCUGGUUAAAUUGUUUUAAUAUUAACUAAAUACUAUCAUACAUAUGUGAGCAACACUUUCUCACAACUUAAAUUUAAAAAAGUUUAACUGAAAUAAUUCUGAACCUGACCAACUAUGUAAUAAUUUGGAAUAGUAUACCAAUUGUGUAUAUUUCGCAGUCAGAUUAUAAUUCUUGUUGUGAUAAUGAAAACAAACUCCAAAAGUAGCCUAUGCCCCUUUAUCGCAUACACAAUUUCAUCAAGAUAGGUUCAGCAUUUAGGCGUCAAAGCGUAAAGAAUGAUCAGCAACUUUCGGAUCAAUAUGUACUUGCUAUUUGUCAUUAUACAACAGGUUAACCUUAGUAUAGCUAAUGAAAAAGCGCCUGUUGUCAAGUUUACAAAUAGCCAUGUGAAAUGCCGGAAUUAGAGUUGUAAUGCUACUGCCUAAUGAAUUAACACUAAGUUAUGAACUGUCUAUUAAUUUGGCCUCAAAAAUAAUGAUAAUUUAAUAUUGUUGAUCAAAAAGACAAAAUAAAGUAAAUUAGUAAGGGAAUCCAUCUAUCAUUUAUUUAAGUUAAAAUGACCCAUUUUAUUACAACUAUAUAAACUAAAGUAAAAUAUAUAUCACUUCAUUACAAGUAGAUCAAAAGCAGAAUUAUGUAUACUGAAACUUGGAUGAAGGAUCACUGUACACUGUUAUACUGAAAUGUACAUAAAGGUAUAAAAAAAAUGUUACCUAAAUGCUAAGAAAUCAAGUUAACAUUUUCACUUUGUGAUAUCCUCUACAAAAUGAUGCAACCUUUCUAAUUAACAUACCAUUUAUAAAAUGGUCAAAUUUUUUUAACUUCAUGAAGUUAACAAUACAUCAUUUAAACUUCAUUUUACAUCGAUUGAAUCAAAGAUUAGGAUCUAUUCAGCCAAGCAAUAACCUUGAACAACAAAUAAGCAAUGCCAAUAGCAUAAGCUAUUUUUUCCUUUUGUUGUCUCUGCAAUUGUUCUGCUUCAAUUGCCAUUACACGUCUAUUUAAUUUUACAAUUUGUCGACGCAAAUGAACCAUCUCUUCUGCUGUAGAGAGACCUUCCCCAUGUCCCAUUGGAGGAGUAGGAUCCCUGAAAAUUAUAAUUAAAUGAUUAAUGUCAUAGGCUAGACCAAUUACAUUUCUUUCUUUUUAAUUAUUACUGCCUUACCUUAAUACAAGACGUGAUUCAGUCAUAGUGGAAUCGUUGAAGUUGUCAGGGCGAGGAGUGGUGGAUCUGGCUCCAUCACCUUGCGAUCUGAUGAUUCUUACAUUCCUUGGUGGUGAAUUUGGUGCAUCUAUAGGAAAAUCAUCAGCAGAUGGAAAGUAGUGUUGAUCUAGGGUGAUGACACGGGGUGGUGUGCUCACACGAAUCAUGCCUGGGUCAGUAGGUAGUACAGCAUUAUCCAGUUGGAUUUCCCUUGGUGGAGCCUUAGUAC